AGUCACUGCAUGUGUGUGUGAGGACAGAAUGUUCAGGUUCAUCUCUCCUCCAUCCUAAACACACACCGGCUUCAUCAGCCAGGAGAACCUCCAGAGAGAGAGAGAGAGAGAGAGAGAGAGAGAGAGAGAAUCAGAGAGACAGAGAGAGAGAGCGAAAGAGAGAGAGAGAGAGAGAGAGAGAGAGAGAGUCAGAGAAACAGAGAGAGCCUCGGUGCCGCUUCAAUGCUGACUGCCUCUGAAGAUGAAAACGAUGAUGAUGAUGACGGUGAUGGUGAUGUGCUGAGAUCACUGGCUAACAAGGAUCAUCAAACAGCAGGAAAUGCUGGCAGUACCAGGCUGAUGAUGAUGAAGAUGAAGAGACUCUGCUGUGACCCUGCAAAUCUGCAAUGUUACUAUUUCUUGUGAAGCAGUGACUCUCGUCUCUCUGUGUCUCUGGAGAAUGGAAGAUGGUCCUGUGAGUGAUAUCAUCUCCACCUUCCCAGCUCCUCUAUGGAUCCACAGAGGAAUUCCUCUCAAAUGCCCUCGUGGCUGGCCAAUCAGUCUCUCUCAGAGGCACCUGAAGGGGGCGCCAUGUCCCAGUCCCUCGCGCUGCUGGCCAUGCUGCUCAUGGACGUGCUGGCUGUGGCAGGAAAUGCAGCGGUCAUGUUGGUUAUAGCCAGAGCGCCACAGCUCAGGAAGUUUGUGUUUGUGUUCCAUCUGUGCCUGGUGGACCUGUUGGCAGCGCUGGUGCUGAUGCCCCUGGGCAUGAUGGGAGUAAUGUCUGGUUCUAGCCGGACCUUCCCGGGAUCCGAGGCUUUGUGCCGCAGUUACCUGUUCCUGAGCGUAUGCCUGGUCAGCGCCGCUAUUUUGUCCAUCUGUGCCAUCAACGUAGAACGCUACUACUACGUACUUCACCCCAUGCGCUACGAAGUCCGCAUGACCCUGGGCUUGGUGGGUGGGGUUCUGGGCGGCAUCUGGACGAAAGCACUCUUGAUGUCAGUGCUGCCCCUGCUGGCCUGGGUGCUGCAGGGGGGGCGGGGUCACGUGCUUGAACCCGGAGGGAGUGGGGUCGAUGGGGGUGGAGUUAACGUCCCUACCCCAACUCCUCCUGCACACACACAUAGACGGUGCUCUCUGCACUGGAGUGGGGGUGGAGCCAACCGGGUGGCAUUUAUGGUUCUGUUUGCUUUGGUCUACUUUCUGUGCCCCCUGUUGCUGAUUUUUGUGGUGUACUGCAGCAUGUUUAAGGUGGCGCGGGUCGCAGCCAUGCAGCAUGGCCCGAUGCCGACCUGGACCGAAACCUUGAGGCGCAGGCGCUCUGAAUCUCUCAGCAGCCGCUCCACCAUGGUAACAAGCUCCGGCUCUGGGUCUAGAUCAGGUUCCACAACUGGGACAGGCACCGGUGCCCGCGGGACCCCUCAGCGCCCGUUUGGAGGGGGCAAAGCGGCAGCCAUUUUGGUGGCUAUGGGUGGGCAGUUCCUGUUCUGCUGGCUGCCGUAUUUCUCCUUCCACCUGUACUCGGCGCUAGCAUCCCUGCAGCCUGCCUCUCUGGCGCCCCUAGAGGACGUAGUCACCUGGAUCGGAUACCUGUGCUUCACUUCCAACCCGUUCUUCUACGGCUGCCUAAACCGGCAGAUCCGGCAGGAGCUCAGUAAGCACCUCCCGUUCCUGUUCCGCCCGCCGGCCGGGGAUGAGCAGGAGCGCCUGCCCAGCCGUGAUGGAUCCAUACAGGAAAACUUCAUGCAGUUCCUGCAGGGCACCGGCUGCAACCUGGAGAAUCCAGACUCCCAGAAUGUCUCCAGUCCCAAGUCUUCCCCCCUCAGACCCUCCCCCCCGCUGCCCCGGUCCCAGCCCAUACCCAUCGACUUCCGCAUUCCGGGACAGAUCGCAGAAGAGACCUUGGAGUUUCUGGAGCAGCAUCAGAUUAAGAACAACCUCAUCAUUCCAGACAGCUAGGACUGGACUCCAUUCCAAUGGUCCACUGCAGGUUUUCACUACACACUCAAAUUAAAGCGAUAGUAAUGUAGUUCCCCAGUUUCUCCAUUGCAGGAAUUUGCAGGAAUUCAAUUUCUAGCCAAACUAUCACUUUAAUUGGUUGAUAUUUUGUAAACCUGCUACAAUUAAUUUCUCUUUCUGAAAAAAUCGUCCCUGAAAUGCGGGUCCUGCACGGAGGCACUGAACGAUAAAUCCUGCCACUUUUAUUACUUUAGAAUUGUUUGUUUUAUCUGAGCUGCUGUUGGUAAUAAUCUGCGUUAGUUUUGAUUAGUUCCCGUUAGUAGUUCAGUGAGCAGCUGGUGGGCUUCUGUGUGUUAAAGCAGACAGAGAUUAGGACACGUUCACUGAAGCUCAGUUCAGGGUACAUUUUGUCUGGAUUAGCUGUAAUUUUUGUAUUUUGGAAUGUAUUUUGAGAGUAGUUUGAGUAGCGUUCUGUAAACGUGAGCUGUAUUUAAUUCUGUAUUUGUAUAAACAUGAUUUUAAUUAAUUAUGUUAACAAUGUGCUUGCGAUGGCAGGUAGAGGGCGCCAUAAACAAAGUACAGGAGUCAGUUUAUUCCAAAGUUUACAGGCUAACGCGAGCAGAGAGUGUGUGUUACACACAGGGAGCAGAAGUUUGUGUUUCAGUGACCUUUGACCUUUUGGCCUGUAGGGAUAGUGUGUUGUUUGGUGCUGUUGAUUAACUCUUUUAUAAAAGUUACAAUAAAAGUGUAACAGAUCC